AUGAUCUCCUCGGAUGAAGAGUGUACCCACCGCAACACGACCGCGAGACACAGUAGCAAGAUGACCCUCAAACUCCUUCCUCUUCCACAAAACGAAUGGCAGAUGUAUACGCGCAUCUGCAAAGCAGCCUUCAUUCCGGGCAUACUCUCUGUCAUGUACCCAGAAGGCUACAGCGACGAAGCGCAGGAGCACGCCCUUGGCACACUUCUGCGCACCGCUGAAAGACAUCCAGAUCGCAUACAGAUGAUGAAAGUCGUCGACGAAGCCCUGCCCGAUGACGAUCUGUACCAGAAAGUGGUAGGCAUCAGCCAAUGGAAGAUCUUCCCGCGCGAGAGAACAGAGGAGGAGAUGAAGCAAGAGGAGGAAGUCAGCAACAGGGAAGACAAGGAGUGUGGAUCACCACCCGGUCUAUCAGAAGCAGUUGCGGACGACUUUGGGGGUGCCACAAGUGAGUAUAAGAAGAAACAUCUGGGAAAUCGGCCACACGUGCUACUGCAUAUUCUUGCAACACGGCCAGAGCAUGAGCGGCGAGGAGUGGGUGCUAUGAGCUUGGCAUGGGGCACGCAGAAGGCGGAUGAAAUGGGUCUGCCUAUGUAUCUCGAAGGCGGUCCGAAAGGCGUUGCGCUAUACAAGAAAUGGGGUUUCGAGGUCGUCGAUGUCCUCCCUUGGGACGCUCAAAAGCACGGCUACCACGAUUCGUUGAAGCAUCUAUGUAUGCUGAGGCCCGCCAGGAAGAGCAGCUGGAGCAGAAGCCACCACACACAAACAUGGCAAUCGUGA